AAAAGCCGGCGUUGUCCGCGAAGAGGAAAGAAAGAUCUUUUCUUUUCCCUACUCCCGUUUGGUCUCUCCCUUCCUCUGUGAUUCGGUCGCUUUCACGUCAGGUAUCACAAAGAAAUUCCCAUCUGGCUCGCACGCCGGCAUCCACGAGACGAAACGAGCUAUCUCGGUUGUGUUGUCGCGUCGUCGUUGCCGUCGUCGUCGUCGUCGUCGUCGAUCGUCGGAGAGCGAAGGAGUGUGGAGAGAGUAGCGGGAGCUAAUAAAAAAAAACCAAGUUGUCAUACUGUGCCGUUUUAACGGAGCGAGAAAAGAUUUUUGGCGGUAGUAAAACACGCGCAUUCGCAAAUCGCGAGAAAUUGAGAUAUCGUGCUUUCGUGAGAGAAGGGAGAUCUCGAGAGUGUAGACAAAGAGGAGGAGGAGGAGGAGGAGGAAGAGGAAGGUGAAAGUGAAUGGACGGCGGUGGAAAUAACCUAAAAAUUAUCGUUCUCGUAGGAAGGUGCGUGGAGCGAUAAGAAACGUCUUUGAGAGGAAAAGGGAGGAUGGUGUGUGGGUGUGUGAUCGUCAUGAGCGUUUCACGAUGUCGCAUCUCGUACGCGUGACUUAGGAGAUAGGAGAAGCGUGCAAUUAUAGCAAAAAAUAUGGAUGCCUGUAACGAAGGCGUAGACCGGAUAGGAUCCUCCGAUGAUGCUACCGCGAAAAAAACUUGGCCAGAAUUACGUGGUGUAGUUAGCGAUUUGAGAAGAAGAUUGUCAGGUGUAUCGGCGGGAUCAGUGCCUGGAUCCAUAACGUUUCGAUCUUUACCCGAUGGACGCACCAGAAUAUAUUUUCUCAGUACUCCGAACAAUGGUUGGGAAACUACACUUUUAUAUGUCGAUAUUGCACACUCCGAUCAUGCCAAUGGGUAUCGACUUCAUUGGCAACCAGUUAUAGAAGCAAAUUUUCAGAGCGUAUCCAGUACAAAUAGAUUGUCGAGGGAGGAGCAGCUGUUAUGGGAAAGGAAGAGGCUAGCUACUUGGGGUAUAACCAGUUAUGAAAUUCAUGCAGAAAGUGGCAAGUUAGUUUUUCCAGCUGCAAGUAGUUUAUAUCAAUGUAUAGACACAGGCUUUAUGCCUGGACCUUUGUUUCCAUCAGAGAUUAGAAUAUCGGCUUCUGGUGCUAAACUGUGUCCUCAAAUUUGCCCGUGGAACAAUGCAUUGGUCGCUUAUACUUGUUCCGGUGACUUAUAUUUGUCUCAUAGCGUUACAGGAUCAUCCGUGAGAUUGACUCAUGCCAGAAAAGGGGGCAGAAGUUUAACCGAUGAUCCUCUUACUGCCGGUACCCCUUCUUAUGUCAUGCAAGAAGAAUUUACUAGGUAUAUAGGUUUUUGGUGGCAACCAAAAUCUAACGAUGGCAUUUAUAGAAUAGUGUACGAAGAGGUCGACGAAAGUGACGUGAAAAUCUUUUGUUUUCCCUCAACGACCAAUUCCGAGGAAAUAGAUGAAUUUAGAUUUCCGAGAGCUGGCACGUCAAACGCUAGGAGUAAUUUGAAAAUGGUGCAAUUCCGAUUAACGGAAACUUUGCAGAUAGUUGACGUUGAAAUAUUAGAACUUCAGUAUCCGCUACAGAUUAUGUUUCCUUGGAUGGAAUAUAUGGUUAGAGUUGGUUGGACGCCGGACGCUCAUUACGUUUGGGUGCAGUUAUUAGAUAGGAAACAACAAAAGCUCGAACUGGUUCUAUUAUCGGUCGACAAUUUUUCUGAGCCUCCUACGAGCGUAUACAAUACCAAAUCUUCCUCUGCGAGCGUUCAGGUUUUAUAUUCCGAGCAGAGUACCGUUUGGGUGAACGUUAACGAUUUGCUUUACUUUUUGCCCUCGGACGAACCAACGGAAGUAAAAUUUCUUUGGGGCAGCGAGGAGUCGGAAUUUCGACACUUGUAUCUUAUAACAUCCAGCAUAACUGGUUUAAGCAAUGGUGUAGAAGAAUCAUUGGAUCGAAUGGAUAGUAUCUUUUUACAGCCACGCGUUACAUCGAAAAUAGCAUUGACGCAAGGCGAUUGGGAAGUAUUGGGUAAAAAAUUGUGGGUGGACGACAGCAAUUCUAUCGUAUAUUUUUGUGGUUUGAGAGAGGGUCCGUUGGAACAACACGUUUAUGCGGUCUCCCUUCGUCGGCCACUGGAAAUAAGACUCUUAACGAGGCCCGGAUAUAGUUAUAAUAAUAUAUAUUUCAAUAAGGAAUGCACUAUGCUAGUUACCGUCUACAGCUCCAUCAAAACAUUUCCUAUAUGCCAAGUAUUUAGGAUAUCUCAAACCGAUUGGACGGUAGAGAGUAUAACGCUUACUCCGGUUGGUUACCUGUUGGAACCAUCUUCUCCCGAAUUAGAUUUAUUUGCACCAGAGAUUUAUACCUAUAAGAUAAUGUCAGGAGAUACAAUUUACUCGAUGAUUUUUAAACCUCAUAAUUUUCAAGCAGGAAUCAAGUAUCCCACGAUAUUAAACGUUUACGGUGGUCCGGAAGUACAAUUGGUAUCCAAUACGUUUAAAGGUAUGAGACAUUUAAGAAUGCAUAUGCUGGCUGCGCAAGGCUAUUGCGUUGUUUUAAUCGAUUCUCGUGGCUCGCAGCAUAGAGGAUUGGUAUUUGAGAGUCAUUUGCAACGUCGCAUGGGAACCGUCGAAUUAAACGAUCAGGUCGAAGUUUUAAGAUGGCUGGCCGAGACAACGGGAUACAUAGAUUUAAAUCGUGUCGCUCUUCACGGUUGGUCUUAUGGCGGAUAUCUAAGUCUAAUGGGUUUGAUACAAUAUCCUGAUGUAUUUAAAUUGGCGAUAGCCGGGGCACCGGUUACAUCCUGGAACUUUUACGACACCGGUUACACCGAGCGUUACAUGGACCUUCCUCAAAAUAAUCCGCACGGUUAUAUGACUGGUUCGGUUUUAACAUACGUUAGCAAAUUCCCAGACGAGGAGAACAGACUUCUUAUUAUUCAUGGACUUAUCGAUGAAAAUGUUCACUUUUUCCAUACCAGUCAGUUGAUUAAUGCUCUUGUAAAAACUGGCAAGCCGUAUCAAUUGCAAAUUUAUCCGAACGAAAGGCACAGCCUUCGAAAUUUAGAUGCUAGUAAACAUUACGAAACUACGUUGCUAUCGUUUCUACAAAAUCAUUUAUGAACCUGUUUAAAUUAGACACUGUUAGGUAAAUUUUACACACCGAUUGCUCGUUACAAGAACGACCUUUUUUAAAAAUUUAAGUAACUGCCAUUAUUUUAUGUAUAUAGAACUCUAACCGAAUUAAUCUGAUCUGUCGCUAUUUCUAUAUCUUCGCGAUGGUAUAGACAGGUAUUCGAUUUUAAUCUCUAUGUCAGCGUCAAGUAUCGAGCUAUGUUCAAGCAGUAUUACAUUUUUACUAUGAGAAUUUGCAAUAAAGUCUAGACGAUAUGUAUGUUUGAAACGUACGUAUUGUUAUUAAAGAUACCUGUCGAAUAUUCCACAAACAUAUUGAAUGAAAAUAAUCCACUGUCUGAAACGCGACAUUGAAUCAACAAUGUUAUUACUUUGUUAUGGAACCAUCGCGGAACAUGUUAUAUACACGUAUAUAAACGUACACAGUCAUACGUUUAUUACGAAGGCUUACCACCAUCUACAAAUGUAUUAAUGAUCCUAGAUAUUUUUUAAGAAAAUCGACAAUACUCGCAAUUAUUUUGUACAUAUAUAUACAUAUAUAUAUAUACACACAUAUAAAUACGUGCGUAUAAUCAAACGUAGAUCUGCAUAAGAUUUUUGUAGGGCUUUUACCCUAAUUGUACUUAGAAGAUAUUUCUGCUCGAUACAUAUAUAUGCGUGUGCGUGCGUGCGUGCGUGCGUGCGUGUGUAUGUAUAUAUAUACGUAUAUAUAUAUACAUAUAUAUAUAUACACACACACACAUAUAUAUAUAUAUAUGUAUGUUUUCUUUCGGUUGUUAUAUAAUUUUCUGCUUGAUUAUGUAUAUACGUGUGAAGCUGUCAAAUCUUUUUACAGUAAAUAAUUAUGAAAAGUAUUUUAACGAUAACACUAUUUGCGAUCUUGAUCAUUGUGAAAUUAUCGUAUAUCCGAUGGAUAAUCAUUUGUCAAAUAAAUAAGAUUCGCUAUUUUAUACUUUGUACGAUGUUCGAUGAUGGCACACGAAAAAUAAUGUUAUUUCAGCAGAUAUAAGUGACUUCUUCAAUU